AUGAGCAUCAACAAAGAGGAAGUUGAAACUUUCUUGGAUAGCAAUCCAGAUUUUGCCAAGCAGUAUUUCGAGAAGAAACUGGAGGACAGAGUCUUCUGUCCCAAGAUGAACGGUGAACUGUCCUCUGAAGAUAGCAUAGGUUUUGAGGGAAUGGACCCUGUAGAAACAGAAACUCUUUUUGAGCUGAUACAAGACAUGCAGGAGAGCAUCAACAUGGAGAAGGUGGUUUUCAAGACCCUCAAAAGAAUCAGUGCUCUCAUCAAUGCUGCGUGGUGCAGUCUGUUUAUGUACAGGCAGCGAAAUGGCACUCCAGAGCUGGCUAGCCGGCUGUUCAAUGUCCAUAAGGACAGCACCUUGGAAGAAUGUCUGGUGACCUCUGACUGUGAAAUUGUUUUUCCACUGGACACAGGUGUAUUGGGCCAUGUUGCUCAGACCAAGAAGACCAUAAACAUCCAGAAUGCUCUUGAGUGCCAACAGUUUAGUACAUUUGUUGAUGAACUCACUGGGUCUACUACAAAGAAUAUUCUUGCCACACCAAUAAUGAAUGGCAAAGAUGUGGUUGCUGUGAUCAUGGCAGUGAAUAAGAUCGGAGGUCCUUUUUUCACCAGUGCAGAUGAAAAUGUAUUCCUGAAGUAUCUCAAUUUUGCCUCUUUGAACCUGAAAAUUUAUCAUCUGAGCUACCUUCAUAAUUGCGAAACACGAAAAGGUCAGGUUUUACUGUGGUCAGCCAAUAAAGUAUUUGAGGAACUGACUGACAUCGAAAGACAAUUCCACAAAUCUUUUUACACAGUGAGAGCGUAUUUGAACUGUGACAGGUAUUCAGUGGGUCUUCUGGAUAUGAGUAAGCAAAAGGAAUUCUUUGAUUUGUGGCCAGUACUAAUGGGUGAAGUUCCAGCUUAUUCAGGACCUCGGACUCCAGAUGGCAGGGAAAUUGCCUUUUAUAAGGUCAUUGAUUAUAUUUUACAUGGAAAGGAAGAAAUUAAAGUUAUCCCAAAUCCCAAGGAAGAUCACUGGGCACUGAGUAGCGGCCUCCCUACUUAUGUAGCAGAAACUGGUUUUAUUUGCAAUAUUAUGAAUAUAGCAGCAGAUGAAAUGUUUACAUUUCAGAAAGGCCCUGUUGAUGAAUCAGGAUGGAUCAUCAAAAAUGUUCUCUCAAUGCCAAUCGUCAACAAAAAAGAAGAAAUUGUAGGUGUUGCUACAUUUUACAACAGAAAAGAUGGGAAGCCAUUUGAUGAACAGGAUGAAACCCUAAUGGAGUCCUUAACACAGUUUCUGGGCUGGUCUGUGCUCAAUACUGAUACUUACGAUAAGAUGAAUAAACUGGAGAAUAGAAAGGACAUCGCACAGGAUAUGGUGCUUUACCAUGUACGAUGUGACCAGGAGGAACUUCAACAGCUCUUGCCAACAAGAGAGAGGCUUGGCAAAGAAGUGAACGAAUGUGAAGAGGAUGAACUGAUAGAACUUGUAAAAGAAAUGCUUCCAGACCCUGAAGAAUGUGAAAUUUAUGCCUUUCACUUUUCAGAUUUUGAAUGGACUGAACUUGAUCUUGUAAAAUGUGGCAUUCAAAUGUAUUAUGAGCUUGGAGUGGUGAAAAAAUUCCAAAUUCCACAGGAGGUCCUGGUGAGGUUUGUUUUUUCAGUCAGUAAAGGUUACCGAAAGAUUACCUAUCACAACUGGCGCCAUGGCUUCAAUGUUGCGCAGACUAUGUUCACCCUCCUUAUGACAGGUAAAUUGAAGCAGUAUUAUACAGAUCUUGAAGCCUUUGCCAUGGUCACUGCAGCUUUGUGUCAUGAUAUUGACCACCGAGGAACCAACAAUCUUUAUCAGAUGAAAUCUCAAAAUCCCUUGGCAAAACUGCAUGGCUCAUCCAUUCUAGAGAGACACCAUUUGGAAUUUGGCAAGUUUCUGCUCUCCGAAGAGUCUCUGAACAUCUACCAGAAUCUCAACAGGAGGCAGUAUGAACAUGUAAAUCAUUUAAUGGAUAUUGCCAUUAUAGCCACCGAUUUAGCAUUGUAUUUCAAAAAGAGAACAAUGUUUCAGAAAAUUGUUGAAGAGUCAAAGACCUACAAUGAUCAGAAAAAGUGGGUUAAAUAUUUGUCUCUGGAAACCACAAAGAAAGAGAUUAUUAUGGCUAUGAUGAUGACCGCCUGCGAUUUAUCUGCUAUUGCAAAACCCUGGGAAAUCCAGAGUAAGGUGGCAUUACUUGUAGCAGCUGAAUUCUGGGAACAGGGAGAUCUGGAAAUUUCUGUACUUCAACAACAACCUAUUCCUAUGAUGGACAGAAGAAAAGCUGCUGAACUCCCAAAACUUCAAGUUGGUUUCAUUGACUUUGUGUGCACAUUUGUAUACAAGGAAUUUUCAGAGUUCCACCCUGAAAUUCUGCCAAUGUAUGAAAGGCUGCUCAACAACCGCAAAGAGUGGAAAGCUCUGGCUGACGUGUCUGAAGCAAAGAUGGCAGCCUUGCAGGAAGAACAGAAGAAGGACCAAAAAACAGAUGCUCCAGCGCCAAUGGCCAAUGGAGGACCUGUUACCUCAUCUUCAACUUGUUGCAUUAUUUAGAUUAACAUUAUAAGAGUACAAUAGGUCAACAGUACUUAAGGGUGGAUUCACAAAUACAGCAUCAGAACUAGAUUUGCCAGGUAUACAGAUGAACAAGAGCCAUAGCCAUGUGGAUUUAGAGAAGCACAUGUGUAGUCUCCUUGAAAAACUUAAGAUAUACAUAGCUAAGUAGCUGAAGAUCCUCCCAUAUGUUCUAAAGCUGUUCUGGAACAUGACAUGUAUAUGUUUGAGCUACAUGAACAUUCUGUGUCACUAAACUAACUCUCUGCCUCCUGUGGUAUUUUGUGGCUAUAUUAUUAGAAAUCUAGAAUAAUCUGUUUCUCAAGAUUGUUUUAUAAAAUCAAGGGCCAAUCAUGGCUGAAGUAGUUUGAAAUCAAGCAGACUCAUAACAAAGCUUUAGAGGACCUAAGGUGCUCUCAUCAAUAACAUGUACAAUGAAUAAUUUCAGCGCAGACUAUAUGAAGGCGAGACAAAUCUGUAGAAGGGAUGCAAUCAGCCAUCAAGGGAGAAAAAUGGAGUCUAUUCCCAUACAAAUCACUGGGGAACAGACCCCUAUAAUCACAAAUCCUGCUUCUGCAAGAUAUUAAGUUGCAGUCCUUGUUUCAAAUGUACCAGGGGUGUCAAACUCACGGCAUCACGGUGAUGUCACAUGAUGUAUCGGAACUUUUUCUCACUUUGCUAAACCGGGCAUGGGCAUGGUCAGUGCAUGAAACAUCUGGCCCCAGGCCAAGAGUUUGACAGCCAUGGUCUAAAGCUUCAAAUUUGGCCUUGGACAUUAGCCUUAUUCUUACAGAAUACUUCCUUCUUUUAUUGACAUAAAUAAAUCCCAGGUUAAAACACAUAAAACACACACACACACACACACAGAGGCUUCCUUUCAGAUGCAAAACAAUUUUUUGUUGUCAGCAGUUUUUGCUUAUAGACCAAAAUAAAUGCUAGAACUGUCCAGAAGAGCUGGUGAUUAUUGGCAAAUGCAGUUUAUUUUCAUGUCAAGGAUAUAAUGGGGAAGCAGAGCAUAUAAACAUUUGUGAUUUGACUUUUUUUUAAAUUUAUAUUUAUUGGCUACCCAACUCCAGUGAAAUAAAAUAAAUUAUGUAAAAACACAUGAAGAGUUGGGGACUGAGCCAUCCAGAAUUAUAAUUUAGUACUAUUGAAUGAAAUAGAACUGAAACUGUAUAUAAGCAAAUUGCUUUCCAUCACAAAGGAGUAUGGAAAUAAAUAUGAAAGAGCAAGGACGUCAGCCUGGUAGCUAAAUACAAAUUAUUCCGCAUUAUCAUGUUUUCCUAUGGCUGAACCAUGAAAAAACUAGACUUGCUCAAGCUGUGGUCUUAAAGGUUCCUGAACAUUCCUCAGUCAGCAAAUGUGACAAACAAGUACUGGAGUAUACAGCACCGGUCAUAGCACUGCUGUGCAAAAUCAUAAAACUCUUAACUUACAGUACUUAUUUCAGUCAUGUCAUCCGAUCAAACUCAUUGGAAAAGGAAGCUAUUCUUGGAAUAGCUAUUCUCCAAUAGCUGUAAGAGGAAAUGAUGCUGCCCAAAAACAGGGUGAGUGGAUACUAUCAAAGUCACCCCCUGCCAGAGCAUAAAGCAAAUAAAAAAGGCCAUACGAGAUCAGAAAAUGUGUAGAGCUGGUCCACAAAAUUAUGAAAAAUCAGGCAUCAUUGAAUGGAUAGCAUCUUAUUACAAAUAGGAUAGCAAGGCUAGACAAAUUUCUGGUAAAGGACUAUAUAAUUCUAGUUAAAUCGCACAAGCAUGUGUACAAAUUUAAUUUGACCAAAGUUAUUUUUAAAAAUAAAACAUUUAAAAACCUUCCAUUUAUUCAUCUACCUGCCUUAAAUCUUUCAAAUAGAGUGUUUUUUCUCAGCAUAUGCCAUGUCUAAGGAAAACUGAAAAUGGAUGACUUAUUAGUGUGCAAGGUGUUACUGGUAAGUAAGUUUUCUGAGGAAAAUGAAAACUACAUGCUGAAAGCUAAAAAAAAAUCUACAUCCAAUAUUGAGAAUGAAUUGGUGGUCUGAAUUGGUCAUCAAAAGCUUGUAAUUUUUAUACAACAGAAUGCUAUAAAAAGCAGAAAUUGGAAUAUUCUUUGGAUCAGAUCAGGUGUUUCUAUUCUUAAUCACAUCAGUUUGCUUUACAAUGGACCUCAGUAGUUUUAUCCAACAUUUUUCCUUUCACUACUUAUAAUACAUAUAGCUUUCAAUAUAUACUGUAGAAGACUAGUAGCUACUCAAUCAUUAUCAGUGUUAACAUCAUCACUAGUACACGUGUUUGUGUAUCAGUCAAUACACAAACAGAAUCAACACAAGGACUUAGAGAAUAAACUCAGAUCAGCACACUAUUUCAUUUUGUCAUUCCUUUUUUAAUUAGCACUAUUCACAUUAAGAAAAUCAACAUUGUUGUGAAUGUCUGUUUACUGAUGUAAAUAAAUGUAUUUUAGACAUUUAGAAUUAUCUACUUCAGCAUUUCAAAGAUUGGAUAUAAAGAUGUGGACCAAGGAGGUUUAUUUCAGUAUUGAUUCUUGAGCUAAAAAAAGAAAAAAAAAAGGCAAUUAGCAAAAACAGUAGCAAGCUACAUCCUAAAUGCACACAGAUUUUAAACAAAUUUUUGAAGGAAGCUUUAUGAAGUAUAUUCUUGUCAGGUUUUUUUUGCCAAUUUCCUUAACUGAUAAUACUUUAGCUACUAGAUGAUCAAAGACACAAUAAUAUUCUCUUCCAAAUAUGGAAGAAUUAUUAUAUAUUAGCUUUAUACUAGAUUUUUUCCCCAAAUUAAAAUAAAUAUUUAGAAUCAAUACAAUCAGAUGUAGCCACCCUUGAAGCACAUUAAUUGAAAUCAACGACUGGUUCUUUCCAUUGAUGCCUGAGAUGACAGGCCUCCACAACCAACCAUAAUAAAAGAAAAAUGAUACACAUGGGGAAAUUUGAUGCAAGUAUAUAAUCUAUGAUAUUUGCAUCAUGAUGUAUUUUUCAUCACUUCCCCCAGCUCCCAAGAUGUGCAGCAAGAGUAUUGUAUGCACAAACUUGGAAAAGCAAUGAAACACUUCCAGGGGAAGAUUGGAUUAGAAAGUUAACUGGAUUUGCAGAAAUGUUAAAGCUGGCUACUUUAGCCAGAAAAAAAUUGGUGAAAGAUGUUUUUGAAAGACCAGAAAUCUUUUGUGGACUUUCUAUUGAAAGAAAAAAGAUUAAAAAGAGACAAAGAAAAUGGAUAAAAGAU